AUGGAGAACAAUCUGGCGUUUUUUGAGGUUGUCUGGGCAGCUUUACGCUCUGGUCUGUACCUUACUACGGUGAAUCAAUACCUCACCGAUGACGAAGCGGCGUACAUUGUCGAUAACUCGGAAUCAAAGGUACUCAUCACCUCUAAUAAACUAUCGGAGGUUGCGGUAAACCUGCCAGCACUUUGCCCCGGCGUAGAACGCUGGCUGAUGGUAGACGGGGCAGAAGAGGGAUAUGAGGACUAUACGCAAGCCAUCUCCUCGUUCCCUGCGGAGAACCUCGACGAAGAACCAGCAGGAGCUUUCAUGUUGUAUAGCUCUGGCACCACAGGCCGUCCCAAGGGUAUUCUCAAGCCUCUACCCUCCUGCUUAAUUUCAGAUAAAGGCAAUGGCCUCGGCGGUUUACAAAAAAGCCUCUGGGGAGUCGAUGAAAAUUCAGUCUAUCUGUCACCCUCACCACUCUAUCAUUCCGCACCUGCUGGUUUUUGCAUGGGUGUCCAGGCACUCGGCGGUACAGUGAUCAUGUUACCCAAAUUUAACGAAUUGCAGGCUUUACAGGCAAUUCAGGAUUACAAGGUGACCCAUAGCCAGUGGGUACCGACCAUGUUCAGCCGCAUGUUAAAGAUUGAUGAAGCAGAACGGAAUGUAUUUGACCUGUCAUCCCAGAAGGUCGCUAUUCAUGCCGCAGCACCCUGUCCUCGUCAGGUAAAACAGGCGAUGUUUGAUUGGUGGGGGCCUAUUAUUUAUGAGUACUAUGCCGGCACUGAAGGUAACGGUCUGACCCAUGUGACACCGGAAGCCUGGCUGAGCAAACCGGGUACGGUCGGCCAGGCUGUUAUCGGAACCAUUCACAUUUGUGAUGAGGAAGGUAACGAACUUCCCAAUGGCGAGCCGGGGUUAGUUUAUUUUGAAUUGCCCCGCAUGCCAUUCAGCUAUCUUAAAGACGAUGACAAGACCAGAAAUGCACAACAUCCGAAACAUCCGAACUGGAGUGCGUUGGGUGAUGUUGGAUAUGUUGAUGACGAAGGUUUCCUUUUCCUGACGGAUAGAGCGACAUUUAUGAUCAUCUCUGGAGGGGUCAAUAUUUAUCCGCAGGAAAUCGAAGACGCGCUCACGAUGCAUCCAAAAAUUGCCGACAUCGCGGUAUUCGGGGUGCCCAACGAAGAAAUGGGUGAAGAAGUUAAGGCAGUGGUGCAACCGGCAGAGGGGAUUGAGGGUGACGAUGCACUGGCAGCUGAAUUGAUGGCUUAUGCUCGAGAGCACGUUGCACAUUACAAGUUUGCGCUUGUGCUUGCUGCCAGUGGCGCCAAAGUUGCACUGACUGGCCGGCGCGCCGAUCGGCUGGAUGAGCUGGCGGAGGAAAUUCGUGCGGCCGGGGGUGUCUGCGAGCCCAUUCCGUUCGACAUCACACAGUCUGAACAGAUUAACGAGGUGCUCGACAAGGCAGAAGCUGCGCUUGGGUUGGUUGACUUGCUGGUCAAUAAUGCCGGUAUUCCCGAUGCGCAAAGAGCGCACAAAAUGGAUGAGGAUCUUGUUGAUAGGGUGUUCUCAACGAACCUGAUUGGACCGUGGAAACUUUCCUGUGAAGUUGCGCGCCGGCUCAUCGCUGCAGAAAAGCCCGGCCGUAUGGUGAACAUCUCUUCUGUUGGUGCAUUUAAUUAUAGCGGUGGUGGAGCAGCGUUGUACUCGGUAACCAAGUCUGCAAUUGUGCGCAUGACAGAGUGUCUCGCUGUGGAGUGGGCUCGAUACAAUAUUAAUGUCAACGCGAUUGCACCGGGCGCAUUUGCGAGCGAGAUGAUGGACGGCAUGCUCGAGCGGAUUGGCGACAUCACAAAACACUUUCCCCGCAAACGUCUCGGUGAUCCUGCGCAGAUGGACUCGACCCUGCUUUACCUGAUGUCUCCGGCUUCAGAAUGUGUCACCGAUAACUUUCCGAGCACGCUGGCGGGUGAGAAUCCUGCAGUGGUUGGUUAUGCCGCAGAUCUUAAAAACGAUCAUGAUCUCUGGCGCCAGCGGCUGGCAGACAAUGGCUGGGGUGCACCAACUUGGCCCAAAGAGUAUGGCGGUGCAGGUUUAGGUCAGCGUGAAGAGCGCAUUAUUACUGACGAACUAUCCAACGCGAAUGCAUUCAAUCCAAUUCCCACAAUCGCACUGAUGGGUGUGACAAUGGUGGGACCAACAAUUCUCGACUACGGCACUGAGGAUCAGAAGAAAAAGCACCUCGUACCCAUCGCAAGAGGUGAAGUGACAUGGUGUCUUGGAUUAUCGGAGCCUGGCGCGGGUUCAGAUCUUGCCGCGUUGCGCACUCGUGCAGUCGACAAUGGUGAUCACUAUGUUCUCAAUGGAUCAAAAAUCUGGACCUCGGGUGCACAUCAUUCGGAUUGGUGUGGCGCUGUUGUUAGAACCGAUCCUGAUGCUAAAAAACGCAACGGUAUCAGUUUUGUUCUGCUGCCUAUGAACCAGGAAGGCGUUGAAGCGCGUCCGCUUAAACUCAUUUCGGGUGCGUCGGCAUUCUGUGAAACGUUUUUCAAUGAUGCAAUCGCCGAAAAAUCUGAUCUGUUGGGCGAUUUAAAUGACGGUUGGAGCGUUGUUAAGCGUUUGUUACAACACGAAAGGCAAAGCCAGAUUGGUGCACGCACGGCGGGCAGCAGAUCGGAACGGAUGCAGGAUCUCGCCAGGCGUUACAUCGGACUUGAUGACAAGGGCAUGCUUAACGACAUCGAUCUGAGGCAAAGGCUGGCUAACCACUUAAUGGAUCGACAAUCGCAUGCACUGACGCUUGCACGAAUUGCUGCCGAAUCAAAAGGUAACGUCGAAGUUUCUGCUGCCGCUUCAAUACUGAAAAACUCAGCGACAAAUGUUUCUCAAACCCGCGCCGAUCUGACGCUUGAGAUUAUGGGCGACCAGGGCCUUGGCUGGGAGGGAGCCAAAGCCUGGGCAAGCAAACAAGCACCUGUGCAAAAGUUUCGCGCUAUGCGCGAUAGUGGAAUCGAACAACGCUUUGACGAUCAAACGUGGUCGGAAAUCAUUGAGAUGGGAUGGACCGGCAUUCUGAUACCGGAAGAGUAUGGCGGUUCUGAUCUUGACUACCUGACAUUUGGUGUUGUGCUUGAGGAACUCGGACGGCAGCUUACAGCAUCGCCGCUGUUUGCUUCCGCUCUGGUCGGCGCGACAGCGCUGAACAUUGCGGGCAGCGAUAUGCAGAAAGAGACGUUUUUACCCAAAAUCGUCGACGGCAGCGAAAUCCUGACACUUGCGAUUGAUGAAUCGCAUCGACAUGCGCCUGCCGAGGUUGCGCUAACAGCCCAAGCGACUGCAACAGGAUUCAAACUGAACGGUAAAAAAGGCUUUGUCCUGGAGGGGAUGGCGGCGACAACGUUCAUUGUGGCCGCGAGAACCAGCGGAGAACCGGGGGAUACAAACGGUAUUACUCUUUUCCUGGUCUCAGCCGAUAGUUCAGGUUUACAUCGCAAAUUUAUCUCUACAGCGGACAGCCGAGGUUACGCCAACAUGACUUUCGAUGAUGUUGAAGUUUCCUCAGACGCAGUUUUGGGAGAGGUAGAUGAAGGUUGGGAAGCGCUCGAUGCAAUUCUUGAUCGUGCGCGCGCUGGUCUCGCGGCAGAAAUGCUUGGGUGUGCUGCACAGGCAUUUGAUAUGACAUUGGAUUACCUGAAGACAAGGGAGCAAUUUGGUCAACUAAUUGGUUCCUUUCAGGCACUUGGGCAUCGUGCCGCGGCACUGUUCACCGGGCUGGAACUGGCCCGUUCAUGCGCUGAGGCCGCACUCCAGGCGAUCGAUGAAGAAGUGGAUGACAUCCCGCAAAUGUGUUCACUCUCUAAAUCACGUUUGAGUGACUUUCUGCACCAAAUGUCGACGCAGCUUAUCCAGAUUCAUGGUGGCAUCGGUAUGACCGAUGAGUUUGAUGCAGGCUUCUAUUUGAAACGUGCAAGAGCGUUGGAAGUUCGUUAUGGCAAUGCGGGCUUUCACCGGGAUAGAUAUGCGUCAGCGCUUGGGUUUUGA